UCAGCACGGGGAGAGGAGCGCGCGCACACACAUGGCCUGCUUCACCAAGAUGGAGAGGAUGAUCGUGUCCAUGCAGGACCCGGACAUGGGGAUGAAGAUGAGAAACCAGAGAUUACUCAUUACACUCAUCCCUCACGCCAUGACCGGAAGUGAUGUUAUUGAAUGGCUGAUGAAGAAAUAUAACAUCAGUGACGAAGAGGCAUUACAUAUUGGAAACCUCCUAGUGAAGUACGGAUACAUCUACCCUUUAAAGGAGCCUCGGAACCUGAGUCUGAGACCAGACGAGUCGCCUUAUCGCUUUCAGACUCCGUAUUAUUGGACGUCUAGCCGCUGGCCGGCCACAGAGCUGGAUUAUGCUAUUUAUUUGGCCAAGAAGAACAUUCGCAAGCAAGGAGAGCUGAUAGAGUACGAGAAGGAGUGCUAUAACACGCUGCAUAAGAGAAUCAAUCACACCUGGGACUUUGUGGUGAUGCAGGCGAGAGAGCAGCUCAGGGCAUCGAAACACCGUCGCAAAUCUGAUCGCAUCGUACUGGAGUGUCAGGAGCAGGCGUACUGGAUCAUCAACAGACCUCCUCCCGGUGCUUUGGACAUUUUGGAGUUUGGUCCUGAGAGACGGAACGUCACAAACUCACGAGUGCAGCUGAACACUGAGUUCUACAGGAGGGAGGUUGAGCAACUCAAGCAGACUCUGGAACGAAGGAACCGAGUGAAGUCCUCUGUUUGCCUAGAAAGUUUUGUUAAGUACAGCACCCAGUACAUGAACCAUGACCCGAUAAUGCAAGGCUGCCUUCCCAGCAACCCCUGGAUCACAGAUGACACCAGUUUGUGGAGUAUUAAUGCAGACAUGGUUGCCAUGCCAACAAAACUGCGUGUGGAGCGAUGGAGCUUCAGCUUUAUGGAGCUGCUGAACGACCCGAUGGGCAGAAAGGAGUUCCUCACCUACCUGGAGAAAGAGUUCAGUGCGGAGAACCUGUGCUUCUGGCAGGCGUGUGAGGACAUGAGACACGGAGAAACGUCCAAAGUCCCAGAGAAAGUGGAGGAGAUUUACAAACAGUACCUCGCCCCUGGAGCCAUAAACUCUGUGAACAUUGACGGGAAGACGAUGUCUGUGACUCUGGAGGGGAUGAAGAACCCGGACCGCUUCGUGUUCGACAGCGCGCAGAUGCACAUCUACAUCCUGAUGAAGAAGGACUCGUACUCUCGCUACUUGAAGUCUGAACUGUACAAGAGCUUGUUAGUGAAAGCUUUUGUACCACAGGAAACAAAGAAGAGUGUGUUCCCGUGUAUGCGUCGUCAGCGAAACUCGAGCUACGCAGCUUCACUGGUACAAACAGGAGACGAAAACGGAAAGAACAGCGCUGGAACUGCAGGAACUUAAUCUCUCUCUCUCUCACACACACACACACACACACAGUAGUUUAUGCAAAGUAUAGAACCGAAGUUCUGAGUUCGAAGCUGUUUUGAUUUUGUUUGAUGUUUAUUGGUCAGCAGGUUGCCAUGGAAACCCAGUAACAAAGUUUCUGUUUUAGUUUCUCACAUCGACCUGAUGAAAGAAGUAGACUUCUGUGUAAUGCACCGACACACACACACACACACACACACACACACAGGCUGCAUUUGUGUGAUAUUUCCUGCCUGUAGUGUGGAGGUCUGCAGUUAGAGACUAUUCGAGAUUAUUUACUCACAUUAUAAAUUAUUAUAUUUAUUAACACUAAACCGUUUCAUCUCCUCAUGUCGGUUUAUUAGUUUCUCUUAAUGUUAAAUGUGUUUGUAUGUAUUUUUACUGAACUACUGUGUUGUUUAGUUUACACCUAAUAAACA